GGUUUGCAAUAUGUGCUCCAGUUUCUACCAAAACCAUACAAGUAGUUUCAUUGGCUCGUGAUGAAACUGACAUCAGAAGCAUUUAGGCCCUAAGCUCCUAUCAGGCUCUGUCUGGCCUCUUCACCCUCCCACUGCUGGUUCAGUGCAGCAGCUUUCCUGAGCUUCCUGUAUUCACAGUGAGGAACAUGCUGACUCGAGUGGCCCGGAUUUCUCCUUUGCUCCAAAGCUCUGGGCCCUGCUCUGGAUACCCGUCACUGCUGUUAUGUAGAUAUGGCUCAGAUUCGAAGGAUAGCAGUUGGCUUCGCUCUCUCUUCGUGCGAAAGGUAGAUCCUCGCAAAGAUGCACAUUCCACUUUAUUGUCCAAGAAGGAGACGAGUGGUCUCUACAAGAUACAGUUUCACAAUGUAAAGCCUGAAUGCUUGGAAGAAUAUAAUAAACUGACAGAGGAAGUACUACCCAAGCUACAUCAUGACCCAGAUUACCACUGUGAUCUAGUGGGUAAUUGGAACACAUGGUAUGGGGAACAGGACCAGGCAGUUCAUUUAUGGCGGUUCUCCGGGGGUUACCCAGCAUUAAUGGAUUGUAUGAAUAAGCUGCGUAAUAAUAAGGAAUAUCUGGCUUUUCGAGAGGAGCGGAGCCGAAUGCUGCUCUCCCGUAGAAACCAGCUGCUUCUGGAGUUCAGUUUCUGGAAUGAACCUGUGCCACGAAAGGGACCGAACAUCUAUGAGCUACGUACCUACAGAUUAAAGCCAGGAACAAUGCUUGAAUGGGGAAAUAAUUGGGCUCGUGCAAUUAAAUAUCGCCAGGAGAAUCAGGAAGCCGUGGGUGGAUUCUUCUCUCAGAUAGGAGAGUUGUAUGUGGUCCACCAUUUGUGGGCUUACAAAGAUCUUCAGUCAAGAGAAGAGACACGUAAAUCUGCUUGGACCAAACGAGGAUGGGAUGAGAAUGUAUACUAUACAGUUCCACUUGUCAGGAAUAUGGAGUCCCGUAUCAUGAUCCCACUUAAGAUCUCUCCCCUGCAGUGAUGCUCAUUUUCACCUUUUACAAAUCAUUCUUAAGAGCUAGGUUCUAGACUCGGAAACAUGAAUAAAUUCUUCUCUGAUAAUUCCAGAUAGUAAAUAUGAAACAGAACUAGGGGCAAGUCUUGCAUCCAAUUACUUGACCAAAUCAUGUUGAAAUGAAGUGACUGAGAUGGGAAGGUGCAUCAUUUUCCUAAAACCAUUAGCAUCUGCUUGUUAUUACUUCAUUAAUUAAUAACUUUACCUCAGAACAGGUGUUAUGUUUUUGUGCUGUCAAUAUUUGACAUUAGUUCUUCAAACAAGUCUUGUAGUAGCCAGCCUGAAAGACCAGGUCAAAGCAACCUGUAUACUUAAACCUGGAUGCUCUGCAUUUGAUUUUUACAUUUUGCUUUUUCUUUGCUUUUCAUCGCAAUGUUACUGUAGCUUUAGCCCCACUCAGCCUUAUAGAAUUUAAAAGAAAAUGUCCCUUCCUCCUCCCCAGUCACAUUUAAUAUUGCUCCUUGGUUUCCCCUUUCUCUUUAGCUGGCCUGACAAAGAAAAGUAGCACAACAGGGUUGGCAGCCAACAUGUCUGGCUGUAUCACAUCUGUGUGCCGGCUCCCUGGCAUUGAUCACUGAGCAGGAGCAUGUGAACUGUUAGCUGAUUCUGGCUGAUUCAGCCAGAUGUGGAGGCUGCAAACUCGCCUGUGCCACUCUGCUUUGUCAGGUAAAGGAAAGAGGGCUUUCCAGGUAUGAGCAUUGGUUUGGGAGAGGGAUCCUUUGUGAAGGGUGGGGGGCAUUUAAACAAAAGGCAGAAAUUAAUUCUUCUUAAUCAAAAAAAUUACGUUCAUUUAUUUCUUUUUCAGUUGCCAUGCUCAGGGAACACUAUAAAACUUUCCGUCAAUAACCAGUUGUCUCUGGCUUUGUAAAUUAAUUUUAGUGAAGAAAUCAGCUUAAAUAUGUGCUGUAAGAGUCCAAGCAUUUACAAUGUUAGAAAGUCAUAGUAAACUGAUUUAACAACAGGAAUACUCGUUUAUUUGCCCUACUGUAAAGAUUGGUGGUCCUUGUAACGUUUGGUGAUGUCAAAUAAAUUGAUUUAUUUCAAGGUU